AUGGUCCAUGAGCGUCAUGAUCAGCAGCCCCUAUCGUUUUCUCUUCUCAGAGUUUGAGAUUUCACACAAGAACACGAGUGGCUCUAGCAAGCCAACACCUCUCCAACCACUAUUUCGCAAUCUAACAAAUCCACAAAACCCUAGAAUUCCAAAAAAUUAUUCCCCCAAAUUCCCCGAGUAGCGGAGAAGCUAAGUUAUGUGGGGUGGGGGAGGUAGUGGCAGUGGUGGUGGUGGUGGCGGCGGUAUCUUCUGGGGACGAAAGGAAGAGGUCUCUGAUUCAAAAGGAAUCGCUGUCAUCUUCGCUUGGGUUUCGAUUCACGAGAGACACUUGCAGAAUUACGUGGAUCUGUAUUCGUCUCUCGGUUGGAAUUCCCUCGUUUGCCAUUCCCAUUUUCUCCAUGCAUUCGAUCCCGAGAAGGCCAUGUCGUCCGCCUUUGUUAUUCUCAAUGAGCUUGUUGAGGAGCUAAGGAUUAAGCCAUGCCCUGUAGUGUUUGUGGCUCUUUCUGCUGGUACAAAAGCGUGUAUGUACAAGGUUUUUCAGAUUAUUGAGGGAAUUUGUGAAGGUCAGCUCUAUCCGGCCGAAUAUCGAUUGGUCAGAAAGUGUAUUACCGGACACAUCUAUGAUUCUGGUCCAGUUGAUUUUACGAGUGAUCUGGGCACUCAAUAUGGACUACACCCAGCCAUUCUAAAGAUGCCUGGAUCAUCAAAACUGGUUUCUUGGCUAGCUAAAGGCAUUGCUUCUGGUCUGGAUGCUUUGUAUCUUACUAGGUUUGAAUCCCAGUGCGCUGAGUAUUGGCAGGCUUUGUUUUCCUCUGUUAAUUUGGGUGCUCCAUUUCUCGUUUUAUGCUCUGAUAAAGAUGAUCUGGCUCCUUAUCAUAUUAUCUACAAUUUUACUCAACGUUUACAAGAACUUGGAGGAGAUGUCAAUCUUGUGAAAUUGAAUGGCUCCCCUCACCUAGGUUUGUUUCAAAACUCUUUUUAUUUUUUAUUUUUUAGCUUUUUUCUUUCUCUGUUAUUAGUAUCCUGUGUGGAUUUUCAAUUUCUUUUUUGCCCACUACCUUUAGAAGUUAUAUUGCUCAUCAGUGAUGUGUUAAACUCUAAACAUAGCUUAGCACUGGUUCUUUAACGUACUUUUUAUAAUAAUUCGUUAUAUUUAA